AAUCUCUUCCUCAUUGGUUUCCCUUUCAGCGGUCGUCUGGGCCCCCUCAUCACGAGCCCCCCAAGGAGUGAAUGACGCUCCCCCCAUCCCUUCCCGCACCCUGACGAGGAUGACAAUGGAAGAGAUGAAGAAUGAAGCAGACGCGACCUCGAUGGUAUCCAUGACGCUCUACGCCGUGAUGUACCCUGUCUUCAAUGAGCUGGAGAGAGUAAACCUGUCUGCGGCACAGACUCUGAGAGCAGCUUUCAUAAAGGCAGAGAAGGAGAACCCAGGACUGACUCAGGAUAUUAUCAUGAAGAUUCUGGAGAAGAAGAACGUGGAGAUCAACUUCACCGAGUCUUUAUUACGCAUGGCUGCCGACGAUGUUGAGGAGUACAUGAUUGACAGGCCUGAGCGGGAGUUCCAGGACCUGAAUGAAAGAGCUCGCGCUCUGAAACAGAUCCUCAGCAAAAUCCCUGAUGAAAUCAACGACCGAGUCCGUUUCCUGCAGACAAUCAAGGCAAUAAACGUGUUUGCCAGUGCCAACCGGCUCAUCCACCAAACCAACUUGAUACUGCAGACCUUCAAAACGGUUGCCUGGAGCGACCGUCCAGCGUUUCUCAUAUCCUGCGCUUUACAGUCACGCUAUCGCUGUGGAGACACUCUCGCUUGCUUUGUCCCUUGUGUUUUCGUUCUGUCCGGUCAGUCCAAGAGAAAGCCAAAUGCCUGGGGGGGCCUUAACGGGACGGGACACGGGGCGUCCAGAAGUGCUUGUAAAUGCUGGGGUUUAGCUGUCUCCUCUGAUGCUUUGAACUCGAAUGAGAGAUGUAUAUUUAAUAGAGAUUUGCUUGAAGAUAUGCUAAGUGUCAGUGUGAAAGGAGGAAUGUCUGGACUCUGGGCAUACACCGUCCUCUCUCGCAUCCUGGUGCAUGAAGUUGAGAUUCACAGCAAUGCAGAAAUCGGCAAUGACUGGGUUUUGGAGGCAUUGGAUGAUAGCUAG